AUGUCGAUAAAGGUCCGAUACAAUGGAGUACACAGCGUGGUGAAAAAUGUGAAAUGCAUAUACGAGAACAACCGAGAAAUUAGCACCAGCAGGAUUUACAAAAACAGAAAAGAAAAGGUGGUGAUUCUAGGGUCAGGAUGGGGUGGUAUUCAUUUUUUUAUAAAUAUCGAUUUUAAAAAGUACGAUGUGACGUUAAUCUCUCCGAGGAGUUACUUUACCUUCACCCCUUUGCUUCCCUGUCUAUGUAGUGGAACCCUGAGCGCCAAAGUGUGUACAGAAAAUGUUUCCACUUUUCUGAGAAAAAAAGGAUCCUCAGGUAAGUACCUACAACUCGAAUGCACAGAUAUAGUACCCGAAGAAAGCAAAGUAAUAUGCAAAGACAACGAAAAUAAUCAAGUAAAAAUUGCAUACGAUUACUUAAUAAUAUCUGUAGGAGCUAAGACCAACUCUUUUAAUAUUAAAGGGGUUGAUAAGUAUGCCUUUUUUGUAAAAGAUGUUCAAGGGGUAAUGAACAUCCGCAAGAGGUUCCUAGAGGUACUAAAUAUAUGCUCUAAGGAGAAUAUUUCAAAUGAAGAAAAAAAACAGCUCUUACAUGUGGUAGUGGUUGGAGGUGGACCCACAGGAGUAGAAGUCGCAGGAGAGUUCGCUGACUUCAUUAAUAAUGACGUAAAAAGGAAAUAUAAAAAUAUUUUCCCAUUCAUAUCUGUGAGCAUUGUCGAAGGAGGGAAUAACCUACUCCCCACAUUUACUCAAAAUAUAUCCGACUUCACCAAAAAAACGUUUCUAAAUUCAAAUAUUAACGUACUCACCAAUUAUUACGUAACAGAAGUAGAUGAAAAUACCGUAUGCAUACAAUCUAGUGUAGAUAAAAAUGAAAAAAAAAAACGUAUCCCUUAUGGUAUACUUAUUUGGGCUAGUGGAUUAGCGCAGACUCCUCUCAUUACGAAUUUUUUGAAAAAAAUACCUGAACAAGCUAACAAUAAAAUUCUGAAUGUAAAUGGACAUCUUGCUGUGAUCGGAAUUAGAGAAAAAAAUAUUUACGCUAUUGGGGAUUGUAAAAAAAUACAACCUCUACAAUUGCAUGAACAUUUUAGUGACGUGCUGAAUUAUUUUUCUUCUUGCUCCACGACCUUUUCUUCUGAUUUGCUUAAAUCCAAGGCACAUGAAUUGUCCAAAAAAUUUCCACAAGUUAGCCAAUCUAAGUGGGACUACAAAAAAAAUAAAAGAGAACAAAUGGAUAAACAUCAAUUUUGUGAUUACCUAAAACAGAUAGACCAGAAUUACAAGUCGCCUACUCCUACUGCUCAGAAUGCUAAGCAGGAGGCCUAUUUCUUGUCUAACCUUUUUAAUACUCAGAUGGAAAAGAAAGGGGAUGAGAAUCACUUUCCUUCUUUUGUUGAGAAAUGGAAAGGAUCCUUAGCCUACAUAGGCAGCCACCAAGUAGUAGCUCACCUCCCCUUUUUUGAAAUUAGGGGAGGGCUCUUUUCCUUCACCUUCUGGAAAAUGGUCUACAUACAAUUGCUCCUGACGUGGAGAUCUAGGUUUGCCUUUAUUCUGGACUUUCUGCGUACCAAGAUUUGC